AUGAUUGCUUUGUUUGCAGAAUUGGGUACUCCUCCAGUAUUAGAUGAUGCAGCUACAGAUGAGCUGAGAUGCACACUUGCAGGUGGAUUCAGUGUCAAAACAUGCUACAAAUGGCUGGUGGAGCAGCUGCCAACUCUUCCAAAUCAAAUUCCAGUAUCUUGCAUAUGGAUCCAGUAUGUACCUCCUAAAGUGAAAUAUUUCAUGUGGUCAGCAGCUUUAAAUGUCAUCCCAACUUUGGACAACUUACUCAGAAGGGGAUGUCAGAUACAAAAUCACCUAUGUCACAUGUAUCAGAUGCAACCAGGAUCAGUAAAUCAUAUAUUCUUACACUGUCAAUAUGUCUACACAGUAUGGUAUUACUUUAUCAGAGGAUUUGCUAUCAGAUGGGCACAAGGUGAGACUCUCAUUGCUCAAUUGGAAGCUUGGAAAUUUCGCAGAGGGAGGAAUAGGCGCAUAAAACUUUUGCUUUCAUUGAUCUUUGCUAUAUGCUGGUCCAUAUGGGAUGAAAGAAACAGGAGGUUCAUGGCUCACAAACAACCAAGAGCAGCUGCAGUGGUGAUUACUGAAGUUAAACUAUUACUUUACAAAUGGGGAGCAAGUCCAAAAUGCUUCCAAUGUACUCCUUUCAGAGAUCUUGUAACUCACGGGAAUGUAAUCAUUAACUGCAGAUAA